UGGAACUCCUCAACGGUGAACAGCUCAGUCGUCAAACUUUACAUAGGCUUUGUUCUUGGGUAGAGGAUCCUAGUUUCGGGCAUGGUUUACUGCUGCAGUCAGGACUGUCUUCUCAUGAUGGAACUCCUCAACGGUGAACAGCUCAGUCGUCAAACUUUACAUAGGCUUUGUUCUUGGGUAGAGGAUCCUAGUUUCGGGCAUGGUUUACUGCUGCAGCCAGGACUGUCUUCCCAGGAGAGAACUUCUCAACGAUGAAUAGUUCAGUAGCCAAAUUUUGUACAAAAUUAAGUGGAACGUGAUUUUCAUUACGGUCUUUUCGUCUUACAAUUUUUAUAGCAUAUCCGUAAAUAGAAUUGUAGGUACAUAUCUAUUGCCCAUUGCUUAUACAACAGUACGUUCAGAUUAUGUAGUUUACGCACCCGCUUGUUUUUUAGAAAAAUGGAUGCUCCUAGCACUUCCUCGGCUACGCCCUCUACUAGUGGACCAAAACCACUAGUGGUAGGCAAAAAAGUCGUAAUAACGCCAGAGGGAACCCUGACGUUGACCGAGGACGUCCUGUUGGAGAAAACUGCUUCGGGACGUCUUAAAAGUUUCUGUCCAGAGACGAUUCAUGUGGGAGAAGGCUUGUCUCUCAUAGACGAGGGCGGAAGUCACCUUAGACCGCGCAAUCUUUUUCCCGAAACGAAUGCUGAAAGGGUAAGCAUAUUAAAAUCUAUUUCACUAUGGUGUGGUGUGUGGAUUACAGGUGCAGUUUGAGAGUUUUGAGCUAUUGUCUGUGUUUUGGAUGCGUGUAUCUGCUUCUUUACAUUUGUAUAGAUAAUUAGUUUAACUUUAAAAGUUUACGGGAAACUAACUAAACUUAACUUUAAAAGUUGUCUGCAAUUAUGGAAACUUCGUCUAUGAUGAUUUCGCUUGAAUAUGAUUUAUUUAUUCAAAUGGAGAUAACCUAAUAGGUGGAUACGGGCGGCGCAAGACCGAUUUUUGUGGAGUCCGGCAGUGGACGUCUUUCGGCUGAUAUAUAGAACCUAAUACGUACUAUAAAGGAGACUGAUUAGUGUGACUUGUGUAGAACUAACAUGUUUUGGGUGUAUUUCCUUAUUAAUUUUUCGAACGACACUAAUCUUAUUUGGAUGCAGACGACCUAAUUGCUAAGAGCUAUAAUAUAUGCAAGUUGUGUGGAACUAACGAUAUUCUAUAAUUGUUUUACCUUAACAUUCGACAUGUGUGCAACUAACUGUGGUUUGGGUGCUUUUGCAUGAGAAUAUUUGUCAUGUUUUGAUAGGAUGAAGGAGACAUUUUCGACGAGCCGCUUGCUCAAGCUCUUGCGGGGGACUCCGGGAGUGAAGCUGACGACGGGGAGGAGCUCACCCUGGAAGAGCUUCAGCAAAUAUUAGAGACGGCUGAGGACGAGGACGAGGCCGAGGCCGAGGAUACUUCGGAGGAGCUCCAGUGGAGCGAAGAUUUUUCAAGUUUCCGCGCGGUGCAAGAGGACUUAAAUGAGAGCGUUGGUCCUAAAAUUGUUGGAACACGACCUUUCGCGUUGUUCCAACAAAUUUGGGACCAACCUCUCAUGGAGUCAAUUGCCACGGAAACAAAUAGGUUUGCGUGGCAACAUAUUGCUCCACACUUCGAGGUGGAAGACGAACUUGCCGAAAAAAGCCGACUAAGGCAGUGGGCCGACACCUCUGUGGGAGAGCUGUACAAGCUGUUUUCUGUUUUAUUGCUAAUGGGGAUGUGCGUUAGGGGACGGCUGGACGAGUAUUGGUCAACAGGAAUUUUGGGAAUGCCGGGAUUUCGAAAAAUCAUGCAAAAAGAUCGCUUUUUAUUACUCAUGCGCUUCCUGCAUUUCGCUGAUAAUAACACAAUUCAUCACGGGGAUGACAAAAAACUAGCGAAAAUCAGGCCCCUUUUAGAACAUCUAAACAAAAAGUUUGCCGAUAUCUACUCGCCUCGCAGAGAGAUGAGUAUAGAUGAAUCGUUGCUGCUUUGGAAAGGACGUAUAAGUUGGAUGCAGUGCAUCCGCUCCAAAGCAGCAAGAUUUGGAAUAAAAACAUAUGAACUCUGCGAGGCUGUGUCGGGGUACGUGCUCAAAGUGAUUAUUUACACCGGAAAAGGGACAUUACCCAGGGCAUCGGUGUUUGGGUUUUCGUCUUCUACUGCCAAGAUAGUUCUGGAACUUUUCAAGGACUAUCUUGGCAGGGGAUUUACCCUUUUUAUGGACAAUUUCUACAACUCAAUUGCAUUGACCAGAUUUCUAAAAUCAAAAAAAACUGAUGUCGUGGGAACCCUCAACAGGCGCCGCGUGGAUUGUCCCCAAGACAUCAAGGCCAUAAACGAAAAGAGGAUGGAAAGGGGCGCAGUGGUAAGCCGGCACUGUGGUGACGUUUCAGUAGUAGCUUGGAAAGACGUAAAACUUGUCACCACAGUGUCGACUUACCAUAAUGCGGAUAUGGCACAAGGCAGGCGGGCUGGGCAAGCGAUAAUGAAGCCAAAUGUCAUACAUGAAUAUAACAAAUUCAUGGGUGGUGUGGACUUGAAAGACCAAAAAUUAUCCAUGUAUUUAUUAGAGAGGAAGAGGGGUAUAAAAUGGUAUAUAAAAGUUUUUCGUAGACUAUUUAAUGUAUCUAUUUUAAACUGUUAUAUUAUAUAUUGCUCCAACAUUGGCCAAGGACAAAAAAUGUCGCACAGACAAUUUAGAUACCUCUUAGCGGAGGAACUUUGUGCGCAGACUGGCGCUAAUGUUGCGACUCGGCAGCGCCAGAAUAUCACCAGCACCAGGCUUGACAGGAGUCUCGACCACACUCCGGAACAUUUGUGCAUCGAAGGUGAGCGAACCUUGAAACAAGUGCGGUUCCAAAGAGGGCGUUGCGUUAGAUGUGCCGCGAAGAAAGAGAGGGGCCAAACAAACAUCCAGUGCAGCAACUGCAAAGUUUUUCUUUGUGUUGGCCAGUGUUGGAGGGAAUAUCAUAGUUUAGAUAAUUUGUAGUAGGUUUAUGUAUUUAUUUUACAGUAUUAUUUUAUGUAAUAUAUGUAUAUAAUAUUGUAUUGAAUAGAUAAGUAUUAUAUAUGUAAAAAUCAUAAUUAUGUAUGUGUAUAAAUAAAUAUAUUUUCUGGUCUUUCAAGUCCACACCACAUUAUUUGUUAUUUCAAAAUCUUUAUAAAGUAACGAAGUACGUUUUUAUAAUAAUGUGAGCAUGUGCCGUCCGCAUCCAAGGUUUCCCGCGACCUUCACAAGAUCGUCAGUCCACCUUGUGGGGGACCUGCCCACGCUACGUUUUCCGUUGCGUGGUCGCCACUCGAGAACUUUUCCACCUCAACGCCUGUCAGUUCUGCGAACAAUGUGCUCUGCCCACUGCCACUUAUGGUUUGCGAUUUUUCGAGCUAUGUCAAUUGUAUUGUAUUGUCUAGAUGUGUCAAGUACCUGGCUGUGUACCUUUACUUAUGUACAAGUGCAAGUACCCGUCUAAUUUUUGAUGAUUAUAAUUUUUGUUUAUUAUUAUAGGCAAUUACAAGAAAUAUAAAUUAUUAUAUUAUGAUUUUUAGCUUAUUUAGUACUACUACCUUUAAUUAAAAAUCUUAACCUAAACUAAUUCUAUUUGUUUUAUUUCUAAAAUAAAAUAAUAAAACUAUGACUGUUUGUUUUAUUUCUAAUAAUGAACAUCCUGUAUAUACGUACAGAUCUGAGCCAAAGCAUACGGUUGUAUGCUUUCUGUGCUCAGAUCUGAGACAAAGCAGUUGGACAUUUAUAAGGUGACGCCAUCUUGGAACAGAUCUGAGACAAAGCAGAUGACCACUCAACGCGAGUCACGCACACAUUCAUACAAAAAUCCAAAUAAACAUUGAUAAUAAAUUAUCAUUUUAGAAAAAUAAAAGUAUUGUAGCUAUGGUAGUGAAUUAUACAGUUAGAAAGACAAUUUUUCAAGCUUGCCACACAUAUUUUUUAGUGAACCAUAGACUACAGACUUGCAGAAAAAAACUACCAAAACAAGAGGUUAGGUAAACUAGUACCUUUUUUAGUUUUUGCAUUAUUUUGGUGUGUAAAUGAUAUAAAUAAGCAUAUUUCACAACGUUUAUCGAAAUACUAAUAUAUAAAUAUCUGUUCAAAAGUCUGAACUUCAUCUAAUUCCAAAUAGUUUGCAUAAAAACUGAAGGCAAAGUUCGAUGUGAAGAAACGGAAAAAGGUCAAUUUGUGAAUAAAACUUGCUAUUUUCAAAGUGAUAUUUGCAAGUGUAUUUCUAUUAGAAACUAGUAAAUAUUGUGUGUAGUGGAUUUUCCGAAGAUUCGUCAGUGUAAAAUCAUAAAUAAAACCCAAAAUAAAUUUCAGUUUUUCUUAUAAAUCAUUGUUAUUUGGUAACAAGUACACUUUUGGUCAAAUGUCUAUGUUGAAGGGUCUGUAAAAUAUAAAUAAAGAAUGUUUUAUUAUCAGAAAAGAAUAGACAAGAUUGCCUAUUUAUCUAGCUUACAGAAUCAGUUAUCAAUCUAUGAUGUCUUGAACAUUUUUUUGGAGAAAUUCAUAUAUUUCUAAGUCAAGUCGCGGGCGCGCGGGCGAGCGCCCGAAACCUCCGCAGACGACGGUACCAUUUUUGCGCAGCACUGUCGCAGCUGAGAGGUUAAAU